UUUCAAAUAGAAUACCAAUCUUGGUCUGUGACAUUUGGGAGAGAAAUUAAAUUAUUGAACUUUUAUUGCCUAGUACACUGAAAAUAAAGUUUAAAUAAAUACAAAGCAGAAAAAAAUAUACAUAUAACAUCACAACCUCUAAAAAGACAAACAGCCUCCUGUUCUCUACUGUGAGGGUUUUAUCAGCACUAGUAAGUAAUUCCACCUCCAAGGCCAGGCUAGUACUCAAAAAUGUAAACAAGCAUGUGCUUUGUUUAUGUAAAGAAAUAUGCAGGAUGACUUGUUUCAUUAUGGAUGUGGAACAGCUCCAUGGAUUGUUUCAAAGCACCAGUAGGGGCCAGCAAAGAGCUCUUAGAGUUUUCAGAACAGAAUUGGCAUUGAGAUAUGUUUAUUUGAUGUGUUAAAUCCUUUUUAGACUUCUUUACGCACCACAACCUCUGUUAAGUGAACGAAUUGCAGAGAGAGUGGAAUGAAAUGCCCAAUGUGCUCAAACUAUAUUGGGUAUAGUUUUUCUAUUUAAUCUGCAUAUAUUUUUAAUGGAAUGUUUGCUUAGGAUAUUUCUUGGCAGAGUUUUAAUAGUCAAACUAUAAAUGGCAUCAUUUAAAGACUGUACUGCUUGGCUGGAAAAGGCCUUAAAAUUACAGGAGAAAAUGCUUAGUGACAGUGUCUCUUACACUUCUUUUUUCCCCCCCAAACGUAUGCCCAUUUUUGCAGUAGUAUCACUAGGUUUAUUUUGCCAUUCUAUGUGUAAACUUUCACUUUUUGUAAUUGGUAUUUUGAAAGCUAAAAUAUUUAUCUCUUGAUUUAAUGCUGAAGUUUUAAUUCACCCCAACAUUUUGGCAUUUCCAAAUUUACACAACUGUUUGAAUCUGCUCAAUUUAAAAAAUUUAACCAUCCAUAUUCCUUUCUGCCUUAACUAACUUGCCAAGAUUCUUAGUAUGGGUACUAUCUGGAAAUUUAAUCUUUGAUUUGACACUCAAUUACAUGAGGCUUCAUUCCUACCAACUUCCUGUAAUUCUAUACCUUCGGGUAAAAAUAUUAGUGAUCAGACUCUGCUGGAGAAAGUAUAGGCACUGAGACUCCCUCCCGGAGUUAAAUGUGCAUUUAGUAGAGCUGGUGUGAAAAAAUACUGUUUCAGCUUGGAAUGUUAGAAGGCUGUUGUUCUUGGGUUACUCAUUCAUGUGAAUUGGAGAAGGUAUAAUUGAAACAAGGCUGGCUGUGUUCGAGUCAGUGUGCUGCUGAGCUCAGCUUAAAGGUCGCUGGAAAUCAAGCGCUGUGUGAGUGAAUACGCUUGAGCUACGAGCAAUUCAAGACAUUUGGGGAACGUGCAUCCAGGAGUGUGUCAACGUUCUCCUUUUAUGAUAUCUGCUAAUGAACGUUUUAAGCAGGAUAAAGACCACGACUUGAGAGCUGUCAGGCACCACAAAUGACUGGCGCUUUCGCUGCAGCACAGCUGCUCCUAGCCUGUCUGUGGACAGAGAUCUUUGUUUUGACUCUCAGCCCUUAACAUGUUUGGAAAUGAGAACAAAUGGCACAAAGCUUACGAUUGCACUUUGCAGCCCAAAGAAGCAAUACUUACCCUUUGUCAGAAAGCUCUGCAGAUGAUCUAGGUAGUCAGGCUCACAUGUGCUUCCAGAGACCAGCAUGGAUUUCCUCAGCCAACAUUGUUCAGAUGAAGCUGACUCCCAGGCAGACUGCACUGGCUCCACUGACCAAGGAGAGUAUGACAGCUCACGAAGAACCCUCUGUCCCUUCACCUGAAAACAUCCAGAAGAAGAGCAGCUGCCUGCAGAUUUCACUGCAGCCUCCAAGGUACAGUGGGAGUCUUCAGCCUAGCAGUGUGUUAGCAGAUGGUGACAAAGCUUCGUUCCCUUGUGCCUUGAAGGAUGGCAUCCGCAGCAGUGCUGGGAAUGAUGGUGACCUGGUAAGCAGUCCUGCUGUCUGUGAUGGAAGCCUGGGGAGCUUUGCAGCCAGUGAGCAUGGGUCCUACAGCAGCAUCAGCAGCGAUUACGGGUCGUGUGUGAGCAGUGCCAGUGGAGGCUCCUACACCAGCAGUGUCGUCAGUGACAGCAGUGGUCACGCUUUUCCACCAAGCAAGGGCACUUUUUUCAGUGGAAACUUAUCUGCUGACAGCACCUCCAGCAGAAAUGUGCCAAACAGGAGUGCCGCUCCCUGUGAGAGUUUUUCAAGGAGCCCAAGCACAGUUCCCUUUGUCCAGAAUGACUUGGAGCAUGGACUCCAGACUGUUAAACUGCCAGUGAGCAGGAAUGCAAAAAUUCCACUGAAGCGUUGCUCCUCCUUAGUCAUUUUUCCUCGGAGUCCCUCAAACACCCCACCAACUUCUCUAGCAGGUACAGGUGUUCUCCCCAGCAAGGGUCCCUGUCAGACCUCACAGCAGCUCAUCGUUUGUCCUGGUGAAGCUGCACAUCCUGAAGAUGGUUCUGGAGCCAGGGGGUUUCUGUCGACUGCUGUCAGUGGACUUCGAUUAUCUAAAACAGUCUGUGCUCAUGGCAGACUCAGAGAUUCACGGCCACUUCACGCAGGCUCAUCCCAGAAGAAAGUUGUGAUUUCAAAUAAUAGUCCAAAGCAGAGUGUUUGUGAAAAGUCACCUGAAGGGUAUACAUGUGUUUCCAUGCAUUUCACCCAACGAAGAGCAGCCACGUUAGACUGUGAAAUAACAAAUGGUGAUUGUAAACUGGAGAUGUCAGACAUUCAGCCCAAUUCUGAUCCAGAGUAUACUAAGCCCCGGCACAGAGCAUCCUCAAGUGUGCCGACCCCUCAAGACCCGGACUACCAAAGAAAGCACAGUGGCGAGCUGGAAAGAUCAAGUUCACAGACAAACAAAAGCCACACUGUCUUACAAAGAAGUAUUUCACUGGGAGGAACUUAUCCAAAUGUUUCCUGUUUAUCCAGCCUUAAGCACAGUUGUUCUGAGGGGGGACCAUCGCAGUUACUCAUAAAGUUUUCAUCUGGAAACGAAGGUGAAGUUGACAGUUUAUCAGGAGAUAGCGCCAGCAAUUUCACAAAUGGACUGGCUAAUUCUUGCAAGACAAGAGAUGAUUUCCUAGGUCAAGUGGAUGUUCCUCUUUAUCCACUACCGACAGAGAACCCAGGAAUGGAGAGACCAUAUACAUUUAAGGAUUUUGUUCUUCACCCAAGAAGUCACAAAUCAAGAGUGAAAGGUUAUCUGAGAUUAAAAAUGACUUAUUUACCUAAAACCAGUGGCUCAGAAGAUGAUAAUGCAGAACAGGCUGAGGAAUUAGAGCCUGGCUGGGUUGUUUUGGACCAACUGGACGCUGCCUCCCUCUUGCAGCAGCAGCAGGAACCGUCUGCCCUCCCUCCGGGGUGGGAGGAGAGGCAGGACAUCCUCGGGAGGACCUACUACGUGAACCACGGAUCCCGGAGGACACAGUGGAAAAGACCCAGCCCCCAGGACAACCUCACAGAUGCCGACAGCAGUGACAUUCAGCUCCAGGCACAGCGGGCCUUUACCACCAGGCGGCAGAUAUCUGAGGAGGUGGAAAGCAGUGGCAUCAGGGAGUCCUCCGAGAGCUGGGAGAUCAUAAGAGAGGCAGAAGCCACAGUGUCCAACAGUCAGGCCUUCCCGCCACCUCCCCGCUCAGGCGCCUUGGACGUUCGGCCUCACCUUGCAGAAGAAUUGAAUCCCAGGCUCACUGUUCACAGAAAUUCAGCCACCAGCCAGCCAGCAUCCAGCUCAAAUCAUUCCAGCAGAAGAGGCAGCUUGCAAGCCUGUACUUACGAAGAACAGCCAGCGCUUCCUGUGCUUUUGCCUACUUCAUCUGGAUUGCCACCAGGUUGGGAAGAAAAACAAGACAAAAGAGGAAGAUCAUAUUAUGUAGAUCACAAUUCCCAAACUAUGACCUGGACAAAGCCCCCCGUGCAGGUCGCUGUGGAAGCCAGCCUGACAGCCUCUGGCCAGGGCUCCUCUGCCAGCCUGCGGCCCCCUGAGAGUGAUACAGCCUCACCGCUGACCCAGCCAGCCAGGGUCCAUCAGGGACCCCUUCCCCAAGGCUGGGAAGUCCGGCACACGCCGAAUGGGAGGCCUUUCUAUAUCGACCACAACACCAAAAGCACCACCUGGGAAGAUCCAAGAUUGAAAAUUCCACCUCAUCUCCGAGGAAAGGCACCGCUUGAGUCUUCCAGCGAUCUGAGGCCCUUGCCUCCAGGAUGGGAAGAGAGAACUCACACAGAUGGAAGAAUCUUCUACAUCAAUCACAAUAUAAAAAGAACACAAUGGGAGGAUCCUCGGCUGCAGAGUGUGGCAGUAACUGGACCAGCAGUGCCCUACUCCAGGGAUUACAAAAGAAAGUAUGAGUUCUUCCGGAGGAAGUUGAAGAAGCAGAAUGACAUUCCAAACAAAUUUGAAAUGAAACUUCGCCGAGCAACUGUGCUGGAGGACUCUUACCGGAGGGUCAUGGGCGCUAAGAGGGCCGACUGCCUCAAAGCCCGGCUCUGGAUUGAGUUCGACGGCGAGAAAGGAUUGGAUUACGGAGGGGUUGCCCGGGAGUGGUUCUUCCUACUCUCCAAGGAAAUGUUUAACCCUUAUUACGGGUUGUUUGAAUAUUCUGCUACGGAUAAUUACACCCUACAGAUAAAUGCCAACUCCGGCUUAUGUAAUGAAGACCACCUCUCCUACUUCAAGUUUAUCGGCCGGGUAGCAGGGAUGGCAGUUUAUCAUGGCAAACUGUUGGAUGGUUUUUUCAUUCGCCCGUUUUACAAGAUGAUGCUACACAAGCCAAUAACGCUCCAUGACAUGGAGUCCGUGGUAUGUCUCGCUUGGGCGUGGAUGAGUGUGGUCCAACAGGAUAGUGAGUAUUAUAAUUCAUUGAGAUGGAUUCUUGAAAAUGACCCAACAGAAUUGGACCUCAGGUUUAUCAUAGAUGAAGAACUUUUUGGACAGACACACCAACAUGAGCUGAAAAACGGUGGCUCAGAAAUCAUUGUCACCAAUAAGAACAAAAAGGAAUAUAUUUACCUUGUAAUACAAUGGAGAUUUGUCAACAGAAUCCAGAAGCAGAUGGCUGCUUUUAAGGAGGGGUUUUUUGAACUAAUACCACAGGAUCUCAUCAAAAUUUUUGAUGAAAAUGAGCUAGAGCUUCUCAUGUGUGGCUUGGGAGACGUGGACGUGAAUGACUGGAGAGAGCACACGAAGUACAAGAACGGCUACAGUGCAGGCCACCGAGUCAUCCAGUGGUUCUGGAAGGCUGUUUUAAUGAUGGAUUCAGAAAAAAGAAUACGAUUACUUCAGUUUGUCACCGGUACUUCCCGUGUGCCUAUGAAUGGAUUCGCUGAACUAUAUGGCUCCAGUGGACCACAGUCCUUCACAGUGGAGCUGUGGGGUGCCCCAGAGAAGCUGCCCAGGGCUCAUACCUGCUUCAAUCGCUUGGACUUGCCGCCCUAUGAGUCAUUUGAAGAAUUAUGGGAUAAACUUCAGAUGGCGAUCGAAAACACUCAGGGUUUUGACGGGGUUGAUUAGACUACAAAUAAUCUAUGGUAUUUUUGCUGCCAAGUUUUAUAAACAAAAUUGUGACUUAAAAUUUUCCAGGGAACUAUUUAAACUCAGCCACUGAUUCUUCCCAUAUAUUGGAGAAAAUCGUUAAAAUGUUUGAAGAAAUAACAUGACAGUGUUACUGUUAUUCCAGUCACUUUUCAGCAACGUGCGUUUGUACAGUUACUGCAUCCUGUCUGCAGUGUUCACGCUAUAGACGUGAGUCCAGGUGUCUGAGGCAAUGAGUUUUGUCCUUAACAUUUACCUCUCACAGAAUCUGCCAGGCAGGGCUUUCUGAAACUACUGAAAUUAUAACUGUGAAAUAUCUGUGAUAAAUGUCAUGUGUGAAAAAUUUGAUGCUUUUCUGAGAAGGAAAACCGCCAUUUGGGGAAAGCUAAUGAGUAAGCUACAAUGUAUUUAGUGUUACUUGCAGCUGUUUAUUAUUUUGUAGACUUGCCUCAUGCACCUUACCUUAGCCCAGAGCUUUAGAAAAGCCAUGGAUUCUGUUACGUAUAUUUGUAGGCAACUGACUUGCAGAAAAGUUGUUUACUUCUUCACUUUAAAAGGAUGAGGCUUUCCUUAAUACGAAGCUUUUCUAAACACGGCGGCUCGCGAGACGAUGGCGUCAGAGGCUCCCUCUUGCGGGCACUGCAGGCUGUGCAGCCUGCACCUCCGUGUUUCCAUGGAGUCAACCUCUCUCCUCUCAACCGGAAGGUCUCACGGAGCAGAGCCGUAUUCUAACCUUGUGCCUGCAAGAGUUGCCUCUAGUUGUCUCUAGCGCUCGCCUUUCCUAGUCGCUCCUCGCAGCUGCAGCGUGUGAGUCCAUGUUUACAAGCUUUAUUGUGUUUACAAGUGAAGCCCGUUUCUGUCCUUGCAUUUUUAUAUUUUUACUAUCACUUUAGUUUAAAAAAACAAAUAAUUUGUUUUUUAAAUGAUAUUAAAAAUUAAAAUACUAAAAAUUGAAAAUAUUAAAACGUUAAAGAGUAGUUAAAUGCAUAAUUUGUAUUAAAUUUGUUACCACAUUUCUUAUACUUUCUAAAAAAUACUGUUUACUAUGCAAACGAUGGUGAUUUGUUACAAAUCCAGAGUCCUCUAGGUGAACUGCAGGUAGAAGGCACUGGCACCAGAUUGAAGCUCCUCGGGCCUGGGCACCAAUCUAGCCAACGCUGCCGAACGCUGUGCAGUGCCAGGCUGGGCCCCAGUGGCAGUGAGAUACAGCUUAGUUUUUCCUUCAAGGAACUUACAUGAAUGAACGUGUAAACAGUCCAAAGUAGGAUGAGCAGAAUAAGGGAAAAGCAAGUUUUGUUUGUUUGUUUGUUGUUUGUUGGGUACUGGGGAUUGAGCCCAGGGCCUUUGCAUUGAACUACAUCCCCAGCCCUUUUUCCCUUUUUAUUUCUUAUUUUGAGACAGGGUCUCGCAAAGUUACCAAGUUGCCCAAGCUGGGGUGGAACUUGUAUUCUUCCUGUCUCAGCCUCCCAGAGGGCCGGGAUCCUAGGUGUGGGACUAUUCUAGGUCCCAGCACACUUACAAAGGUGGAGCGUGUCAAGGCUGCAUUUCUUGGGCCAGGGAUUUAGCUCAGUGGUGCCACACCCUGCCUGGCAAGCGCAAGAUCCUGAGUCCCAUCCCCGGUGCCAAAAAGAAGACUGUAUUUCUGUGUUUCAUCUCUGUAUUGGAACAUUAUUCAGAGAAUGCUCUUAUACAGAAUUAAACGUGUUUCUGAGUAGGGUAUUUUAGUGAUAAGGGAGUAACUGUAAAUAUGCGUUGGAAACGUUCUCAGACGCAUAGCAAUGCUCUGAGCCUUUAGCCAUGGGCCCGCGUUUGCUGGGGUGAGCAUGGCGAGGACGCUCAACACCAGGUCAAGGUGCCCAGGGCACCGCAGACCUCAGUCCCAGAGUCCCCUCCGGCGGCUCGUCUGCAAGGGCCCGGCCGGCGACUGCAGGGUCGGCUGCAGCUGUGCACAGGUUCGGCGCUCGCGUCGUGGCCUGCGAGUGAGCAGCAGCAGCUGACCCGGCCUCUGCAGCCCAUCCUUCCCGUCAGACGAGCAUCGCGAAGGCCACCUGGCUGCCUGGCCCGUUAACCCGAGGGCUGUGGGGGCCGAGACUGCCAGUGGAGGCUUUGCUGGCGGCCACCCUAUGCCGGGAGGGGUCCACGCUGCCGCCCCAAUAGAAUGCCUUCGCCUGCAACCAGAGUGACCUGGCACGGAGCGGGCUGCACCAUCGACGACCCAGGCGACGUGGGCGUGGGUCAGUGUGUUCCAGAACUGACCUCUUGCGCAGACCCGAAUGUGAAAGCAGGGUUUCCCGCGCCUGUUUAGCAGCACUCCCGCGAAACUGCAUCUGCGUCUGAGCUUCCGUACACCCGCUGGUCCUCUCCCAGCCCAGCGGCGCGUUGGACCCACCUGCAGACUCCCUGGUGAGGCCCGGCCACCACCUCCUUCGAGGGACCCUCGCGAGUUACAGACAUAAAAUUGUAUCACAAAUGCAGAUUUAAAUGGUAUUCGUCUUAGUUUUUUAUUUGUAAUGCUGAAGUUAUUCCAUAUAAAUAACUGAGUUAUACACAAUUCAUUUUUAUUACAAGCUAUUUGACAUUGUUUUUUAAAACCUCAUAUGGUAAGUACAGAUUAAGAUUAAUGUGUCAAAAUUUAUUGCAUAUUUUAAAGUAUAAAACCAUUUUUAAAAAAUCCUAA